AUGGAAGCCGCAUCGGCGCGGUACGCCGCAAGAGACCGGUGGGGGGAAAUGGGCGCGAUGCCAGCCCCCUCGCAACUACACCGAUUCAUCCAAGCAGCCUGCAGCCCCGAGAACUACGAGCCAAACCUAGCGCUCAACCUCGAGAUCUCCGACCUGAUCAACGCCAAAAAGGGUUCCGCCCCGCGCGAGGCCGCCGUCGCCAUCGUCAACUAUGUCAACCACCGCAACCCGAACGUGUCGCUGCUUGCGCUCAACCUGCUCGAUAUCUGCGUCAAGAACUGCGGAUACCCGUUUCACCUCCAGAUCAGCACUAAGGAGUUUCUCAAUGAGCUGGUGCGGCGGUUUCCGGAGCGCCCGCCUAUCCGUCCGUCGCGCGUGCAGCUGAAGGUGCUGGAGGCGAUUGAGGAGUGGCGGGGUACGAUUUGUGAGACGAGUCGGUACCGCGAGGAUUUGGGGUUUAUUCGUGAUAUGCACCGGUUGUUGAGCUACAAGGGGUAUACGUUUCCGGAGGUUAGGCGGGAGGAUGCGGCGGUUUUGAAUCCGAGCGAUAACCUCAAAUCCGCCGAAGAAAUGGAAGAGGAGGAACGUGAGGCGCAAUCGGCGAAACUACAAGAGCUCAUCCGGCGGGGCACGCCCGAGGACCUUCGCGAAGCCAACAAGCUGAUGAAGGUCAUGGCCGGCUACGACACGCGGUCCAAGGUGGACUACCGGGCCAAGGCGGCCGAGGACGUCGGCAAGAUCCAGCAAAAGGCGCGGCUGCUCGAGGAGCGGCUCGAGGCGUUCCAGCCGGGCGACAAGAUGGUGGACGGCGACGUGUUUUCGGAGCUGGCGGCGGCCUUGUCGAGCGCCCAGCCCAAGAUCCAAAAGAUGUGCGAGGAGGAGUCGGACGACCACGAGGCGGUCGCCAAACUGCUCGAGAUCAACGAUAGCAUACACCGCACUGUCGAGCGGUACAAGCUACUGAAGAAAGGGGAUAUUGAGGGCGCGAAGCAAAUAGCCAAGGGGGGACCGACUCCUGCUCCGAAAGCUGCUUCUGGCGCUUCUGGCGCUGCUGCUGCUGGGAAAAAUGCGGCCACCGAAUUCUCUCUCAUCGACUUUGACGACGCGAAUGGGAAUGGCGCCGACGGCGGCCAGGGGUCCAAGACGGCUGGCGUGGAGGACGACCUGCUGGGGUUGUCAAUAGCCGACACCAGCUUUGGCCAGGCCGGGGGAAUUGCCCUGGGCUUUGGGGCUAACACAAACAUCCCCGGCCCCGCCCUCCUCUCCUCCGUCACCCAAGACAACAGCGCCAAAGGCCAGCUCCCAGCAUCCACCUCCCCGGCCCCCUUCUCCGCCUUCGCCUCCGGCCCGUCCGCCCCCGGCUCCAAGUCCGCCACACCCCAACCCCCCCAACGAUCCCCCUUCUCCCCGCCGAGUACUCGAACCCCCGUCUCCUCUGACCCCUUCGCCGGGCUCGCCUCUCUAUCACCCACACCACCCACCCCCGCUCAACCACCAGCGCCAACAGUAUCCAACGACGACGACGAAUGGAGCUUUUCUUCCGCCCUGCCCCCAGAGGCUGCCGCCCCGCAGGCGCCCCGCGAACACAAGGCUGUUGUCAGCAACACUACCCUCAAGCUGGACAUGGUCGCCAACCGGACGGUUAAUACGGAUCCGGCGAUUAGUUUGUUGUUUGCUUUUUCGAAUAACUCGGCCCAGCCCGUGUCGGAAUUGCAUUUCCAGCUAGCCGUGACCAAGGGCUACGAACUAACACUCCAGCCUCAAACCGGCCGGGCGCUCGCGCCGAAACAGAGCCGGGGCGUGACACAGGCGAUUAAAGUGUCGCAUGCCGGGGAUAAAGGGAAAAAGGUGGAGGGGAUCAAGUUGAGGUGGCGGGUCGCGUAUAAGGUUGGGGGGGAGCUGAAGCAGGAGAUGGGGGAGAUUCCGGAGUUUACGGUGGGGUAG